UUACACGUGUUUAACUGCAGUUCUGUAAACAGAGCCAGUAAGGUCACUCACGCUACGGAUCCAAACACACAAACGCAGUCUGAUCUGCUGGUCUGAGGUGGUGUGCUGUAACCCGAUAGUGUGUGUGUAAGGGAAGGUCAGUGAGGUGUGUGUAUGGGUGUGUGUGGUGGUUAGUGUGUGUGUGUGGGUGUAAGGUGAAGGUGCGGCAGGGUGAGGAUGCCCCCCCUGCCCGGAGCUGAGCUGGUGCGGACCCCCCUGCAGCUGUACCGCUACCUGCUGCGCUGCUGCAGACUCCUCCCCUCUGCAGCCAUGCAGGACCACUACAGACACGCAGUCAGACAGAGUUUUAAUAGUCAUACUGAUGAGGACGACCCAGAAAGAAUACGCAUGAUCAUCCAAAGGGCUAUUUCUGAUGCUGACUGGAUAUUAGAUAAGUACAAGAAACAGAAGUGAUUUCCAUAUCCACAAUCCACAUAUUUGUCUUUCAAGAACUUUAAACUUUGAUUUUUUUUUUUGGAACUGAUACAAGCUUGAGAUUUUUGUAUUGAAUGUCUCGUCUGAUUAAAAACAUACUAUGACUACUGAUAACUAAA